AUGCUUUCAAGAGUCAUUUUGUUGUCUGCUUUGACGGCUGUAGCUUUCUCGUGUGAUACGGUGUGGCCAAACGGAACCGAUAAGGCGUUGACUUGGUUCCCAUCUUGCGCGGGAGCGAUCACAUUUUACUCACUCUCAACCCAAGAUCAAUCAGGAAAAGCCGAAUACCCGAUCACUCUUACAAAACCCUUGGUGAUCAUCACCGAUAUCAACAACCCAAAAAAUGUCUAUGAGUCGCCAAACUUGAAGCAAACGAUCAAUUUGUGGUCGUGGGGAGGACUUGGAGCAUGUCAAUGGUCAACUGUGCCAACACUGGGACUUCUUAGCAACCUCGAUGCUUGCACCAACGGCGUUCCUUGCCCAGUGAAAACCGGUCGUCAAACUCUUCCCAUCACAAUGGAUUUCACUGGAUAUGAUUCGAUCAUCAAAUUGUUGAAAGAUGACUCUCCGUAUCAACUCGAAAUGGUCCUCAACGAUAACAAAACGAAAGACAAAACAUGUGUGAUUGCACAAGCGCGAACCUACACUAAAGUUCAU